AUGGCAAUGAAGCAUACAGACCAUAUCCAAUCAUUAACCAAUGUACUCAAAGCAUGUGCACAAUACAAUGAUGAUCUAAAGUAUAAACAACCAAUGGGAUACAUGGCAUCAGUAUUAUUAUCCUACUUUGACGAAGAGGAAACAUUCUGGAUGAUGAAUAUCCUUUUAAAAGAACAUGGUAUGAGACAUGUUAUAAGUGGAAGCAUGGUACCAAUGUUCUAUCACAAGACAUUUGGAGAGGAGAUGGGCAAACACUUUCCAAAGCUGAGGCAGCAUUUGGAGGGUGAGGGAGUACAUGUGAUAAUGUACGCCAAGUGGAUAUGGGACACCAUGUUUGUAUAUAUACUGCCAGCAGACUCAAUCUCAAUAGUAUGGGAUUACUUCUUUUGGGGCUCCAAUGGAAGAGGCAUCGAGGUGUUGUUCAAGUUGACAUUGGCCAUGAUGCGUAUCCUGGAGCCUACACUGCUGCAACUUAGACUGCCACAGUUCUUCACUCUGAUGAAGCGGCCACCCGUUGACACAUUGGAGUUGGUACAACUGGCUCGUGGUGUUGUGUUGUCCGAUGACACCAUCAAGAUACUACGUGAUAAACAUACUGCAUUGGCAAUGGUCGAUCUAUUGCAACAACAACAACAAGCACAACAACAGCAUGAUGGCAAACAUCCAGAUACAUCAUCAUCUUCAAGUGAGCCACAGGCUAACAAGGUACCUCAUUCGGCAUUGACAUCAGCAUCGACACCCAUUCACGACCAAGAGGCAGACGAUGACAUUGGUGAAUAUGACGACGAUGCAGACAGCACUGAUGUGAUGUCAAGUGCAUCACUUGGUGGUGCACUAAAUCAACAAGAUUCAAUAGAUGACGAUGGCCAUUGUCCAGAUACUGACCACCAGCAACAGCAGGAGCAGCUCGAGCAAGAGAAGAAGCAAGAGGAGCUGAGGAAACAUGAGUCGCUGCUGCGGCUGAAGGCCGAGGAGGAGGCUGCGGCAGUCCACAGCAGGAAGAGCAGUUGUACCAUUUGUUAA